AGAGAGAAAGAAGAGGUAUUUAGAAAGAGAGGAGAGAACCUACGGGAAGAGCAAGCUGUUGAGAGAGAAAGUUGCAGAGAGGGGAGAGAGAAUGGAAGAAUUAAGUUGCAGAAAGCAUCCAAACCAGAAAGGAAAUGGCGUGUGUCCCAUAUGCCUGAGGAAUCGGUUAAGUCGCCUUUGUCCAGAUUGCGGAGCGACUCGCCCGUGUCCUUGUUCAUCAGCAGCUCCUUCUUCUUCUUCUUCUUCCUUCUGUUCUUUCUCCUCAUCUUUCUCUUCAUCCGAUUUAUCUAAGUCUGGCACUGGAAUAGGAGCAGUUGGUCGGAUCUCUACCCUAAUAGAUAAAGAAGGCGCGUUUUCCCGCUCUAAGUCCUCAAGAUCGGCGCAUAGUCCCAUUUUUCGGUCGAAAACGGCAGGAGAUUCGAUUUCCCAGCCAAAAAAUGGCGAAGAGAAGAUUUCCCGUCCAAAAUCAGCCGAAGAAACAAAGUCUGGUUCUUUUUGGAAGUUUUGGAGAUCAAGCAAGAAGAAGAAAGAGGAGAAGGUAAAAUGCAGUAAUGAAUUUGUUGAGCUUAGGUUUCCUAGAUCCAAGUCGGCGGGGUUCCAAGGUUCAGAGGUUUCUGUUGAUUUCUCCGGUGGUUUUCCGGCUGGAAAGUUUUUCGGAGGGGGGUGCAAGUCUAAGGGGUGGAGUUGGGCCCUUUCCAGCCCGAUUAGGGUUUUAUGGUACACGAAGAGGGAUUUAAAUGGGAGAUCCCCUAUGAGCAGGGGUUGAUAUCAAAGGUACAGAGAUUCUCACUUUUGUAUUUUCCAUUUUCAGUGAUUUUUCCUCUCUUUUGUUCUGGUGAGGAUCUCAUUUGCAAUGUACAUGAAAAAGCUGUAUUUGCUCAUUUGAUUUUGGCAUCUUCAUUUCUGUGCCUUUAGUUUUAUUUGUUUCAAGGGCCUUGUGGUGUAUGUACAGUUACAGUGGAUGCGCAAUAUAAGAUACAGAAUGUAUACGUGAAUGAAAUACAAAGUCCUCUCUCUCGAUUUUCGACAA